AUGCGGGCAAAACCAUGGGUAAUAUUGCUGAUUGUGGCGUUUGUAGCCGCCGAGGAUAAUGAUCUUCUUGAGGAUAGCUCAGUCACCGAAUAUAGAGGGUAUUUUAACAGGGAACACUCGCUUCUUCGGCCAUAUACCGGUAAAUUUUACUUUUUUCUUAAGGUUUAGGUAAAGAAAAUGAGCUUUGCUGGAUUAUCUUGUUAUUACACGUCAGACUAACCUCGUUUUGGUUUAGGGCAUGGAAUGGACGUUCCUUACUGGGAUAUUACUGGAAGCACGAUGGUAACAGCUCAGCAGAUUCGUCUGACACCUAAUCUGCAAGGUCGCCAGGGAGCAAUUUGGAGUCAAAUCCCCGUUCAAUCUCGGGAUUGGGAAUUGAUGGUUACAUUCCGGAUUCAUGGAGAUACUGGGAAGCUCUUUGGUGAUGGUAUUGGGAUUUGGUAUACCAGGGACAGGAAUAUUCCCGGUCCAGUUUUCGGGUCGACCAAUGGGUUCAGUGGUCUUGGAGUGUUUCUGGAUACUUACCACAAUGACUACAGCUCUUAUGCUGUGAGUUUUUGUUUCAGAAAAUGCGUAGUCUAAUUUUGUAUUUGAUUUAUAAUUGUUUUCCUUUAGCACACUUUCCCCUACAUCUAUGCGAUGGUUUCUGACGGCACUGUUCUCUUCAACGGAGACAAAGAUGGAGGAGAUGAUCGUCUAGGAGGUUCAGAGUCGGGUUGUGAGGUCAAAUUCAGGAAUGUGGAGUAUGAUACUCAUGUUCUUAUCCGAUAUGUUGGAGAUACGUUAACUGUAAGUUUUUUCUGUUUGAAUAUUUAUUCUUUUAGGUAUAUCAAGACACCGAAAACACUGGAAAAUGGCAUCAAUGUCUUAGAGUUGGUGGCGUUCAUCUUCCAACUGGCUACUACUUUGGUCUUUCAGCUGCAACCGGUGAUUUAUCAGGUACUUUCGCCUCCUUUUUGACAUUAUUCUUCAUCUUUUUCUUAAGUAAUAUCUUUUUUCCAGAUAAUCAUGACAUUACUGCCGUCCGAAUGUUCGAAAUCGAGUACUCUCGAGCGGAGAACAUCAACGAACUCGACCCCUCUCGCAUUCAGCCCAAAGCCGAUUACGUGGCCCCCCGUGAUCACGUCUCCAACCCGCCGCCGUCCCAAAUGAGCACUUGGGGCAAAUACCUUCUCAUCACCCUCGGUGUGUGUGCAACUGUCGGCGGGAUAGCUGUGUUUGGCUACCUGUGGUAUCAGGAUCGUCAGUCCAGAUCCAGAAAGAGGUUCUAUUAA